AUAAAGAACGAUUGGUGGCGUUCUACGUACCGAUGGAAGACCCUCCAAUCACAAGUGUAAUACAAAUAGCGUUCGAUUACAAAUACAAGUAAACUCUUUCUGGAAUCAAAGUCAUGGACGGACCGUUUGAGACAGAUAUCGAACUUAAUGCCCAUUGAAACGUAAACUCGAAAACGUGUGCAGUGACACUUUCAAAUAAAUUGUCAACAUAACAAUUUUCUACCAAUAAUCAAAGCGAACGUAAUCUUAAAUAUAAAUAAUAUUUCUAUUUGCACUAUGUUAUUUAAAUAAUACAAUCAAAAAGGUUAGAGGAAACUAAAUACUUUUAAUUUAUCAAGAAUGUUAUUCUAUUCGUUCUUUAAAUCCUUGAUCGGAAAGGAUGUUGUCGUUGAAUUGAAAAAUGACCUCAGCAUUUGUGGUACUCUACACUCUGUCGAUCAGUACCUGAACAUAAAGUUGACAGACAUAAGCGUAGCUGAUCCAGAUAAAUAUCCUCAUAUGUUGUCUGUGAAAAAUUGUUUCAUUCGAGGAUCUGUAGUACGCUAUGUACAGUUGCCAGGAGAUGAAGUGGAUACUCAACUAUUGCAAGAUGCUGCGCGCAAGGAGGCAGCAGUCCAAGCAAGAUAAUCAAUAUCGUUCUUAGGUUUAAAAAUGACAUUGAUUUCAGUUUUAUUAUGCAAAUCAAUACUAAUACACAGUGAAUAUAUAAAAAAUAAAUUUUUGUAUGUAUAAGUAUGUAAAGUGAUAAAAAACAUAAUUUUUAUUGUGCAUAUUUCA